AUGGUCAGCCAUGGAAAACAUAUUGCAAUAAUAGUCCAACAGCUUAACAAAUUUGACCCUGAAAAUCAGAGCGUGGAGGAUUUCUUGAAUGAAUCAGCUAAGAUGUUGCAGACUCUUAAUGUGACUGAAGAAAAAUUUGUGUUGGAUACACUCGCUGGAUGCAUAGAAUAUAAAUCCAUACUGGAUGUAGUAGUCAAUGCCUUUUAUGUUCGGGACGGGAGAUAUUGCCUGAUGUCUGAGCGUAAUCUCUAUGUAGUUAUUUGUUAUCUGGCUACUUUUCAACUAGAAGAGCUUGGUCUUCAGCACUUCAGCAGAAUUGUGAAAUCUCUGGACAACGCAAAAAUGCAAAAGUUUCUCAGAUUCUUCUUCAAUGCCUUGUAUUUGAACACAUGGAUAAAAGAUGAAUGGAGUCACUUCUACGAUUCACUGUAUGUAAAACAGAACUGGAUUGAGCCACUGCUAAGAUGGCAGCCAAAAGUACAGCAACUGAUUGCACAGCUCACAGAUAAAUUAAACAACCGUACUACCACUGUCAAGACUUCGACGGUCACUCAGCCAAAGGAAUUUAAUUUGACUGUCCCCAAACCACGUGCCAUUCCGAUACCUCUGCCAAUACCAGUACUGGAAAAAAGGCUACCUGUUCCUUCAAGCACCUACAAACCUCCAAAGGAAAAAAAGCAACUACAGGAAAUCAAAAUAAAAAAUUGCCGAAAAGCAGAAGAUUUUCUCCGAAAAUCAAAAGCCAACCAGUUCAGAUGUGCAACCAUGAAGUCUCAAAAGGGAGAGUCUGAACUGCAGAACACCCAUGACAGUAUGAAAAGUAAACCAGCAUUCCGGGCUCAAAAGAUCCAAAGCAAGAUUGACAAUAUACCUAUUAAAUUAAAUGCUGCAGCUAUUUUAAGAGAGGGUGCCCUCUAUCAGCGGAAAAUGGAACAGGAGCUCAAGAGAAUUGAAAAUUUGCUACAGGGGGCUAGAGACCCAACUGAAUUCUUGGAAUGGCAAAAACAGAUGCAUGGAAAAGAUCUGGAAGAGCAGCUGGCUGAAAUAGAGUGCAGGAGGCUUCAAGGGAAACUGAGUUUUGAAGAAGCAGUUGUAGCCCAUCAGAAUGUAAUUCAAGAAAAUAAGAAGAAAGCUGAUCUAAUGAGAGAAGAGAAAGCAGAGCUGAUGCACCAGUAUGCAGAGAAACGUCUACAGGAACAGAAAGAAUUGAGAGAGCUGGUGGAACAGAUCAUGGAAGAACACAAGAAUGCAAAGCAAGCAAAAGUAAAGCUCCAGAAAUACAAACAGCAGAUAGUUCAGGAAGUUUGUGAAGAAAAUCGAGAACUUCUUCGGCAAGCUUUAGAAGAAGAGGAGGAGAAGCUUAGGAAAAAAUAUGAACUAAUUCAACAGAUACGAGCUAUUGAGUCUUUACCAAGCCUCAGACACAAGUUUGUUGAUUUAACUGAGACUGGCGGCCAUGGUUUGUUUUGUGAAAUGUCAAUAGUGGAACUACGUGAACGCCUCGCUCUGCUCAAAGAAGCACAGAAGGAAGCAGAGGAAGAGAAGAGAGACCAGAUAAUUCAUGAAAAACAAGCCAAGGAACAACUUCUUCUAGAGACACUGGACCAGAUUUCCCUGUUCAGAGCAGAACUUGGACGAGCAGCUGCUUUAAAGCAAGAAGAAAAGAAAAGAAAGUCCCAAUCUGCUGAAAGGCCUGUGAAAGAUGAACGCGUUUUAAACCUGCAGAAAAAGAUUGCAGAAAAAGCAAUGGAGCGUAAAAAGCAAGAAGAACUCUUAAAGAUUACCGCCCCGAAAAGCAGCAUCGCACCAAAGAAGGAUUCUUGGCAGUGGAACCACUGGAAAGAACUGGAAAAGAGUCGGGAACGCCAGUUCAAGAUCUUUCAACAUGGCUCCACAGUCAGAGAAAUGGCUCCAAAAAUGCUGCCCAUGAGGCAGCAAGAAGUGGAGCCACAGUCUGUACAUUGCGCUGUGAAGUGA